GUUACUGCAACCAGCAUAAAGUUGGAUUCAAUACUGCAGUAGUCGUGAGGCUCUUCAGUAUGGAACUCUUUAUACCGAGAGACUUUGAGAGGAAACCGUAUAAUCAUAAAAUAUCAAUAAUAAAUGAGGCAGGCAUGGCAGACCUUACUGGUUAUUUAAUGCAUGGAGAACAAAAUAAAAACAUCAGAGAACAGCCUGCCUGACUAAUCAAGGUGAAGUUUUUUGAAGGCCUAAGAAGUUGUCUGUUGGCAAGUUCUUAGUGUAAAAAUGUCCGCCAGUGGGGCGUCGAGAGACAAGGACAUCUCGAAAGCAGUGACUCUUGUGAAGUGAGUUUGGGGGCUGGGGCAACUGCGUCUUAGAGUCUAGGAGUCUCCGGUUUUUGUGCACUGGCUUCCUCCUUUCUCCUUCCUAGGGCAGUUGGAAGCAUCGCGUAUUAGAAUUCUAUUUAUGUUACUAAGUGACGUAAAACGCAGCAUUACGUAGCAAGCCCUCAGUGAAUGUUGGCAAAUUAUGGGUCGUACAGAACUGUUUGCAAAACAACAUAUUAAUGUUACUGCAUUUGAGUAGCUAGGGGGAAAAUAUCAAAGUCGUAUUUACGUACAUCUUUGGACACGAGAUUUGGCUAAUGUUGCUUUCUGCCUUAGGUGUGUUUCAAGAAUUAGUUCCUUAUUUGGGGCACAGGCGUGGAGGGAAUAGCCUGGGAGCCGUAUUGGAAAUACUUCUGUGUGGUUAUACUUGAUAACGAUCCUGUCCCAGUGAGUAGAGGCAGCGUGGCGGGCCCUGUGGAUACGUCUGUGGGCAGAUACUCUUCUGUGUCCUUGAUGAAGUGGUCUCAAGAGCUUUCUAGAGCAUGCGUUGUGUGAGUGGCAGGUUUGAUGAGGAAAUACACGGACGUAGAUCUGCCGAUGCGAAGCUCCGCGGGACCCAGGGAGAAGGACGCAGCGAGGAAGUCAACGCGCGGGGAGUGUGGUCCCACCGCGGAAGAGGGAGGAGGAAGGCAGCUGUGAUUUCGUCACAGUGAGCCCGGCUGGGAAGAGUUGGGAUGCUGUCAAUUGCGGGACACGUUAGGACAUCCACACACGCACACAAACACACGCGUUUUGGCUUUUUAAAUAGAAACAAGGACCCUCAGUGGACAACCCACUUUGUCUUUGGAUUCAGUUUUCCCUGCUCUUGAAACCUCACUUUACAGAGAGCUCAUUCACUGCCACCGUCGCCGACAGUCGUGCUUUAGAACCGUGCGCUGUCUGGCCUCUCUCUCUCUCUCUCUCUCUCUCUUUCUCUGCAGAGCGGUUAGCAUGCUGGAAAAGUCUGCAGGCUCUCUUGGCCGUGGGUCCCCCCGUAGUGCCAAAAACCCAGUGAGUGUCCCCCGGAAUCCCCGGAGGGGUGAAGGUGGGUGAGUGUAAGGGGCCAGGUGCCUGUGUUGGUGGGAAGCGUAGACCGAGCCAGAUGAAGGCCUCUGACCGGUUAGGGGCGUGUGACGUGCAGUCCAGCGAAGAUUCCAGGCUCGCACUGUGAUGUCAGCGGCGCCGAAGGGAACGAGGUCGGACUCCGCCUCGGCAGUUAGAAUCUGUUGGAGGGCGGUUGGUGGAUCCUUGGCCUGUGAGAGUGGGGCAGGAGAAGUCCCCACCGGUGCCCGCUGUGACUCCGCGUGGGAAGGAGGUCUGACAGAUGAAAAAGUGAAGGCGUAUCUUUCCCUUCAUCCCCAGGUGUUAGAUGAGUUUGUAUCUGAGAGCGUUAGUGCCGAGACCGUAGAAAAAUGGCUGAAGAGGAAAAACAACAAACCAGAAGAUGAAUCGGCUCCUAAGGAAGUCAGCAGGUACCAAGAUACGAAUAUGCAGGGAGUUGUGUAUGAAUUAAACAGCUACAUCGAACAGCGAUUGGAUACAGGAGGAGACAAUCAGUUACUCCUUUAUGAAUUGAGCAGCAUCAUUAAAAUAGCCACAAAAGCUGAUGGAUUUGCACUGUAUUUCCUUGGAGAGUGCAAUAACAGUCUGUGUGUGUUCACCCCCCCUGGAAUCAAGGAAGGGAAACCCCGGCUCAUCCCUGCCGGGCCCAUCGCCCAGGGCACCACCAUCUCUGCCUACGUGGCCAAAUCCAGAAAAACGUUGCUCGUGGAAGACAUCCUUGGGGACGAACGAUUUCCAAGAGGUACUGGCCUGGAGUCUGGGACUCGUAUACAGUCUGUUCUUUGUUUACCAAUUGUCACUGCAAUCGGUGAUUUGAUUGGCAUCCUUGAGCUGUAUCGCCACUGGGGCAAAGAAGCCUUCUGUAUGAGUCAUCAGGAGGUCGCGACAGCAAAUCUCGCCUGGGCUUCGGUGGCCAUCCAUCAGGUGCAGGUGUGCAGAGGCCUUGCCAAGCAGACCGAAUUGAAUGACUUCCUACUUGACGUAUCCAAGACAUAUUUUGAUAACAUAGUCGCAAUAGACUCUCUACUUGAACACAUAAUGAUAUAUGCAAAAAAUCUGGUGAAUGCCGACCGUUGUGCACUUUUCCAGGUAGACCAUAAGAACAAGGAGUUAUAUUCAGACCUUUUUGAUAUCGGAGAGGAAAAGGAAGGAAAACCUGUCUUCAAGAAGACCAAAGAAAUCAGAUUUUCAAUUGAGAAAGGGAUUGCUGGUCAGGUAGCAAGAACAGGGGAAGUCCUGAACAUUCCAGAUGCCUAUGCAGACCCACGCUUCAACAGGGAAGUGGACUUGUACACGGGCUACACCACGCGGAACAUACUGUGCAUGCCCAUCGUGAGUCGGGGGAGUGUCAUAGGCGUGGUGCAGAUGGUCAACAAACUGAGCGGUAGUGCCUUCUCGAAAACGGACGAGAACAACUUCAAGAUGUUUGCUGUCUUCUGUGCGUUAGCCCUACACUGUGCCAAUAUGUAUCACAGGAUCCGACAUUCCGAGUGCAUUUACCGGGUGACGAUGGAGAAGCUGUCCUACCACAGCAUCUGUACCGCGGAAGAGUGGCAAGGCCUCAUGCACUUUAACCUCCCGGUGCGCCUCUGCAAGGAGAUCGAAUUAUUCCACUUUGACAUUGGUCCUUUUGAAAACAUGUGGCCUGGGAUUUUUGUCUACAUGGUCCAUCGGUCCUGUGGGACAUCCUGCUUCGAGCUCGAAAAGUUGUGUCGUUUCAUCAUGUCCGUGAAGAAGAACUACCGGCGGGUUCCUUACCACAACUGGAAACACGCGGUCACCGUGGCGCACUGCAUGUAUGCCAUACUCCAGAACAACCACGGGCUUUUCACCGACCUGGAGCGCAAAGGGCUGCUAAUUGCGUGUCUGUGUCACGACCUGGACCACAGGGGCUUCAGUAACAGCUACCUGCAGAAAUUUGAUCACCCCCUGGCCGCCCUCUACUCUACGUCCACCAUGGAACAGCACCACUUCUCCCAGACGGUGUCCAUCCUGCAGCUGGAAGGGCACAAUAUCUUCUCCACCCUCAGCUCCAGUGAAUACGAACAGGUGCUUGAGAUCAUCCGUAAAGCCAUCAUUGCCACAGACCUUGCUUUGUACUUUGGAAACAGGAAGCAGCUGGAGGAGAUGUACCAGACCGGAUCGCUAAACCUUAAUAAUCAAUCACAUAGAGACCGUGUCAUUGGUUUGAUGAUGACUGCCUGUGAUCUUUGUUCCGUAACAAAACUGUGGCCGGUUACAAAACUGACAGCAAAUGAUAUAUAUGCAGAAUUCUGGGCUGAGGGUGACGAGAUGAAGAAGCUGGGAAUACAGCCCAUCCCCAUGAUGGACAGAGACAAGAAGGACGAGGUCCCACAGGGCCAGCUGGGCUUCUACAACGCCGUGGCCAUCCCCUGCUAUACUACCCUCACCCAGAUCUUCCCGCCCACGGAGCCUCUCCUGCAGGCGUGCAGGAAUAACCUGAGCCAGUGGGAGAAGGUGAUCCGAGGGGAGGAGAGUGCCGUGUGGGUCUCGUCCCAGCCGGGGGCCCACGAGCCAUCCGAGAAGCUACCAGUGAAGACGGGGGACUGACCGCUACGCGACCAGCUGUCCCACCUGAAGACGCCCGUCCUGCUUCUUUGACUUUUCUUCCUUUUAUUUUUGGGGGGGGAAACCUACACCUGGUAACUAGGCUGCAGACCUCUUCGACAAGGUGACAUCGGGAAACACGGCAAGCGGAUGGCUCCCCGCCAGUCUCGUCUGUAACGCAUCGUAGACGGUGACCAACCAGGACCACCCCGGGGCCAGAUCGGCUGUCCACGUGACCCCGUUUGACCUGUGAACUGGCCUUUUCUAAUAGGCGCAUAUUGCUGAGGCCUUAAUGGGAUAGGACAACAAUCAUUCAGAAGGGGGUACUUUUCCAUUGUAUCUUUCUAGUGAGGGGUUAAAAUGGUACUACUCUGAUAUUGUACUUUGGCUCUAACACCAAUGUUGCUUUGACGUUGUUGGUUCUAAAUAGGAAUUUUUACACAGUACUGUUGUGAAUGUUUGUGUGUGACCUACUUGUAAUUAGCGUGAAGUGUAGCAGACGGCCUCAGGACAAGCGUCAUUGAGGGGACAGCGUAAGAAGUGUCUUUCUGCGAUCAGUGAUGGACAGUAGUCAGAUUCCUGUUUCAGAGCCUCGUGAAUUAAAAGUUAGGUGGACGAAAGUGUGUUUUUUGGGUUUAUACUGAAGGGCUUAGAUGAACAGGUCGAACACUGAAUGAGGUAGACUUUCUGUCCUGAGAAAAGAGGCAAGUAUAUACCGUAACAAAUCUCUGAACCACAAGUAUCCACCAAAAAACGGCAAAGAAUAUUUUUUAGUUGGUGUUGUUUUUUUUUUUUUUUUCCAUCAUCGUAGGCAAACUUUCUAAACCCUUUGCAUAAAGAACAAAACAAAAGCCAAGCAUAUGAGUCUUUCUUAACAGACAGGUCUUAGGGGAUGUAAAAUGUGAAUUUUAAUAAUGAUUUCUUUAUAUUUUCACUUGGUGUCAUUGCAAAAUUUGAGACUCGCACUCAAAAUGAGAGGUUUCUUCUACGAAUUCUUUCAUUAAAAUACCAUACGUUUCUCUUAAAAUCACAUUAAACCGUGAAAUUUAAGUCGUGUGUAAUUUUUACUUUGAUCUGCUGUGCCCGCUACCCGCUCGUCCCCUUUUGUGCUCCUCAGUCACACUCCCCACGCCCUCCGUCCGCGACCCGGAAGUGGAACCCAGUGCGGAUGCUUCGGGGCUAACUUCUGUCCUCUUUCCUCUGCUCGAGGUCAAGGAUCUACACCGCAACCUGCGAUUUGGAGAGUUUCUUCUGUAUAAUUUUGGGUAGACUGUUAUUACUGUACAACGUAAAUGUUUUGAAGAAUACACAAGAGUCUGGACCCCUUCGUACAAGGAUUACAAGCCAGUCGCUUCUGGUGCCCAUUCAUGCUGUUGAUUUUCAGCACCAUGGCAAGGUCACUUCCAAAGCUGUGGUUAGUCCCGACCCCGAAGGAAUUCGAGUCUCAAGAAGUGAUGGGCUGAUUCAUAACAAAUAGCUUAGCUACUGUUCCCGUGGCAGGAGACUGGCAUAUUACUUUCAAUAAAAUCAAUUUUGGAAAUACUCUUUUACAUAUUCAGUAAUGUACACAUUAUUAUCCAUAUGGUUUUUGCCAAAAAGAUUAAAUGUUUCUACAACACGAUUUAUGUUGUAGAAGAGUUAGCUACGUGUAAACGUUCUUAUUUGAAAAUUAACACUAUGUGUUCAGUUUCCCUGUGGGCUUUUGAAAGUUGCCAUCUUCCCUACGUGGGGCUCCAUUUGCUGUUACGCAAUACGAGGUAAAAUGAAAUACCACUGUAACUAGACACACGCACGCGCACGCACGCAGAUAUACACACAUGUAUGAAAGGACAUGUAUAAGGGAGACAGAUGCAAGACAUCAAUAAAAAGUAAGAGCCCCUUUCUUCAAAAACUGAUGCGUGUUGAAAAAUGUAUAUUGUUUGAUAAAGAGCGGACUAGAAAACAUCCCUUUUCAUGUUAGUGCGUUUACAGGAUUGGAUUCUAAAAUGUUGCAUGUUUUUCUGCACCCACAUGUAUGAAACUGGACCCACCAAAUCGAACCUCACUCGAGAGAAUUAGUACAGGCAUCUAAUUUAACUCGACGACUGAAAUGCAAGGGACCAGGGGAAGAAGUAUCAUUUAAGAUGGGUUUAAUUAAAAGGAUCUUAAAAGAAUGCGUGAAUUGGGCUUUUUGAUACAGAAAACAGUCAUGAGGGGGAGGAAUCCUAUGGCUAUCUUUCCAUUUUAAGAGUGCCGUUCGAAGAUUAUUAGAGAAAGGUCUCUUAUUUUGGCAUAGCCAGGUGUAUUAUGUCAGGUGAUGUGUUCUUUGAACGACUUUCCAAAGAAAUGUACGUGGAUUUAUCGAUUGGCUGAUUUCUCCUAAGGUAUCCUCAUGAUCAAAGCGAAGUUUGAACAAAGGACUACGUUCUAACGUAAACUAUGAAUAUUCCUUAGUACUACUUCGGAAUCAUAGAUUGACCUAAACUGGGCCCAAGAUGCAGGGGUAUUUAGUCAGUAAUCUGCUUUGGAAACAAUGCAGUUAGGAGUAUUUUUAUAUUUUGGCAGACAGACUUUUGAGUUCUGUCCUCAUCUUUCUCCCAGAUCUUUUCUUCAAAGGGCAGAUGGCUUUAAUUACCAGGAAUUUUGACAAGUUUCUCAUUAAGGUGGUAUUUCAUGUUGGGCCAAAAUUUCCCUCCGCAUAAAUUUGGUAACCAGCUGUGAGUAUGUGUAGCUCGUUCGAUUUGUGGAAAUUGUUAGUGGUUGUGCUGAUGGAUAAUAGACACAGCUUUGUUGUCAAAUGCAAUUCGUACAUCAUCUUCCCCGGAGAUACUGACUGUAUUUUUUAACUAGAAAUUUUCUUGGAAAUGCCUGCCAGCAACAUGAAAUAUCGAACUUAGGCAGUGGAAUAAAAUUCUGAAAAUGCCAAGCAUCUUAUUAAUUAAUAGCUGACUUUGGUUUAAUUCAUUAGAAAAACUUAAAUAUAAAUGGAUGUGGAAAGUCAGUCUCAAAAGUGGCCCUUUUAUGGCCGGAUUGAGAUCCACAUCCCAGCCCUCCUCACUCUGUGAGGCUCGUCAGAGUCAUGGAGGAGAGAUGAAGCUGAAUUUCUCAGCACAGCCAUCCUCAUUCCGGACGCUUCCUUCCGUGGGAAGGCGUCUGUGCAAAUGAUACGGUGCCACUCGAGGUGACGUGUUCUCACGGUGACGACGACAGAACUACUUGGAACCUGGAUUUAUUCAGCGUAGGUUUCCUCUUUUGAGCAUGCUUUUUAGAUAGCUUUAGAUUCUUUUUUUUUUUUUUUUACUUUUCCACAAUUAAUCUCAGUGAAUUUUGCUUUAUUGGUAUGACUGGGCACUCUAGAUAUGUUUGUACGUGAUACACAUAGAUGCAUAAAAUCCUUAGCUACCUGGAUUUUGUAAUAGAUUUAGUUUGACUAUUACGUUUCUGGUCUUUUAACUCAAAAUUAAGGUUUGAGCUUUAAUAGGACUAAAUUCCUCACCAUGCCUGGGCCUGUGCCUUUAUUUUAAACUCUGUGAUUUUACGUCUUUAUUCAUAGAUUUAUUGUUUUCUUCUCCUUGCUUAAUUAUAAGUAAAAACAUUUAAAGGGACACAUCUAUAGUUAAUUUGAUCAAAUUGAAUGAAUAGGAAGGACCGUUCUCUCCUCAGAUUUCUGUCCUUUAUCUGAUGUCCUUCGCACACACCCUCAUGACUGUAACCAAUGAACCGUUCAGAUGCAGGCUUUUUUGCAAGCAUUUCCAAGAACUGCGACACGAUUACGGUGUGAUUUCGUUAGGCUUCAGGUACAUACGCAUGACUUGGAUUUUGAAAAUCACUUCUGUAUCUGUUUCGGACCUGUGUUUGCUUUCUCCACUGCGCUGGUUUUAUUUGGGGCUUAAUUCUUGAAAGACUCCUUCCUUCGGUCGCACUAGUGUGACCCCUUUGGCUGCAAGUUAUCAGCCUGGCUUUAAAAACCUCUGUGAGAUGUAAAUUACCCGUUCUCGACAGCCCCCCUUCCCCAGCAGUGCGUGGCUGUUCCGUUUUGCCUUCGCUUAAGUAUUUACCCUGAGACGCAUUCUGCCGAUUUCUUUCACCACUUCAUCUUAAGUUCGAAUUAGUGACCCCCCCAGGCAGUGCUUCACACUCUGUGUGUUUUGUCCUUUUUUUUUGUACUGGAUAUUUCGGUUGUCUGAAGCAUUCGAUGCAUUUCCGUGACGGUAAAAAAAAAAAAAAAAAAAAAAAAUAGAAAAGAGAGAAAAACGUUUCAUUUGUGUUCUGGUUCUAAAGUAAAGGGGUGGGACAAAGAGAAAGACGUGAAUGUUCCCGAAGAAACAAUAUUCGAAAUUCAGAGAAGCACCACUCCCUUCGCUCGCCUGUCAAGUUUCCGCCCCCCUCGACCCCGAGGUGGGCCACGGGGCUGUCUACCCAGCGUGCGGUGUGACCGACCUUCACAGCGAGGGUCAGGAAAACGGGCACUGAACGCGGGCGAGACCCGAGCGUGCCUCUCCCGGGGCGUCGAUGAGUGUCACCCGAGGACCCGGACCCCAAGUUAGAGCCCAGUCCGCCGUGGCGAGUAGAGACGUCAGUAGGCUCGUGGGGGGGGGGUGCCAGCUGAGGGUUUUGAGGUAUAGCUGCAGAAGUUUAAACGGACCGUUUUCAUUCCUACUACAAGUUAAGGUUGAAAAGCGCCCCAGCUGGUACUCCGGCCCACCUGAAAGAUGACUAGACCCCGGGCGUUGCGACUUGUGGGUGUUUUCUUUAGCCGCUUGAACGAUAAGCCAGUCCCGUGCCAUAUCUCAAACAGCCUGAGUAAAAGCCAGAUGGGCAGGAUCGUUUCCCAUAUGAUCUGUCUGUGGUGUCUGUUCUGCGUAUCCAUUUCGUGUGCGCGUGGAAAGGACGAUAGACUUCUUUGUAGGAGGAAUGUCUAUACGAUGCCUCCACCGCCUCGCCGGACCCGACCCAGUGACCCGUGUGAAAUAACGUGCUCGCCCAAAACACUGUGAAAGUUACCCAAACUUCAUGGAAAUGCAGCCUCUUGAAACUUUCUGAAGAGGUGGCUUUCUCUGUAAGUCCGUAUGAAUAGAAGAGAUCCUAUCUCCCUCCCUAGUCAAGGUACCGAAGAAUUUGCUGGCAGUAAUCUUGCUGAGCCCACACCGCUAGGGCGUAAGAUGGGCUACGAGCUAUCAGAAACACGGCGCGCCCGAUAAACAGAUUCGUGGGGGUGAUGGGUCUGCAUCCAAAGUUUUAACGGGCUCUCUUGGAAGGAGAAAGUUUCCGGCUUCAUGACAGUUGAUGAGUUGGCAGAUUUCAAACCCAAUUAUUUUGUAUGGAUGACACAUUAAAGAUCUUUGUAAAAUGCGCAAGGGCAAUAAUUUAAAGAGGUCUUACCUUGGCAUUUAUAAAUUAUAAAUAUUGUACAUGUGUGUAAUUUUUUUCACGUUUUCAUUUGCAGUCUUUGUACCUAAAAGAAACCUUUACUGUUAUGUUUGUAUAAUAGAACAGUCAUCAUUUAUUAUAACCGAGGCCAGUUGUAAAUAAACUCAUAAUUCAGACUGCCGGUAUAUAUGCACAUAUGGGUGUUACACUGAAAAAUGUAGCUUUGUUUUACUCACAUGCUUAGAGCAGCAAGAAACCUUUUGUCGAUAUGUAACUAUACAUACAAAGUAUAUAUAUAUGUAUGAUACAUGAAAUAUAUGUAGAGCUGUUCAUAAUUUUAAUGGAUAUCCUUUGGUGUGAAUAAUUGAAUACAGAGUUUUUAAAGUA